AUGAAGUUCGGCAAGCAACUGGAGAGGCACAAGGUCAGUGGCUGGGAUGCCUUCUACGUGGAUUAUGGGGGCCUGAAGAGAUCUCUGAAGCAAUGCUACGGCUCGCCCAAAAAUCCCGAGGAGGGAGGCUCGAGCGAGGGCUCGCGGAUGCUCGCGGAAAUCAGCUCCCAGUGGCUGGCGGAGCUGGAGGCUUCGGUGGAGCGGGUCAAUGACUUCUUCACCUCUGUGGCGGAUGAGGUGGAGGCCCGGCUGGUGGCGGGCCAGGAGGAGCUGGCGGCCCCGAGUGAGCAGUGGGAGCAGCUGAGGCACCACCUGCAGAGCAUGGUGGCACAGCUCCACACCACCUUGCUGGACCUGGGCCACUUCGCAGCGGCGAACCAUACGGCCUUCUACAAAAUCCUGAAGAAGCACGACAAGCAGACGGGCCUGGCGGCCUCCGCGCAGCUCCUGCCGCAGAUCGCGCGGGAAGCCUUUUACGAGCCGGGGAAGCGGCGGCUGGAGGAGUUGCAGCAGAGGCUCCGGGAGUUCGGCGCCCAGCUCGGGAUGGAGGACCUCGCCCUGACGCGGCAGGGGCCUUCGGACCACUGGGCCGUGGCGCGGAUCGCCUUCUCUCUGGGAGUGAUCUCCAUGGCGCUGGUGGUGCUGGCGGUGCUCUCGGGCAUGGAGCCCCAGAUCCCUCAGUACUCCGCCGAGGACCUGGCAGCUACGAUUCCGGUGCUGCGCCUGUCCUUCAUGAUGAACCUCACCGCCUGGCUUGCUGGUGGUUGUGCUUGGGUUUUUGAGCAUUACAAGAUCAACUAUUUGUUUCUCUUGGACAUCUCUCCGGACCUGGAUGUGUCAGCAAUGUCACUCUUGAACUACGCUUCUGUCCAAACGGGGGUUUGGAUCGUGUUGAGCUUCUGCUUCAUUGCAGACAUGAAGUUUGGGGCCGUGCUAUUCACGUUCCCGCGGAUACAUCGCCUGGGCUGGUCUUUGGCACACAUCUAUUCGAGCAGUGUCUUGAUCCUUCAACUCGCCAUCACUUCCAACUGGACCUCUGCUGCCCAUCGCAGGCUGUUUUCAAGACUGGUCGUGCGAGUUGCUUCCUUCUCGCUCUUGGGCGGCGUGAGCUUUGCAGAGAAUGUCUUCGCCGACUUUCUCACAUCCCUAGGCCGGCCUUUGAAGGACGUCGCGUACACGCUGUGUUACUUCAGAAGAAACUGGCAGACGCUGCAGGGCCGCGAGAUCCGAAUACAUUGCAAGGAGGACGGUUCGGCUUGGGCUACCUGGGCCCUGCAGUUUGUUUUGCUGCUGCCCUUGUUGUUCCGCAUUGCCCAGUGCCUCCGGCGCAUGCACGACACCGGGGACAAGCGGCGCCAUGGGUUGAACUGUGGGAAGUACUUCCUGGCCAUCGUGGUGAGCACGCUGGCGGUGGUCCCCGCCUGGUUCCUGGGGCUCUCCGAGUUCCAGGCUACGGUCCUCCGGGCGCUGGGCUACUUCCUGGCCACGGUCUACGCGGCCAGCUGGGACCUCGUGGUGGAUUUCGGCCUGGCGGCGGAGACGCGGUGCUGCCUCUUCCCUCGGUACAGCUAUGGCCUCCUGGCAGCGCUGGAUGUGCUGCUGCGCAGCACCUGGCUGCUGACCUACCAGCCGGACUGCCGGGCCUUUGUGGGCGCCUCUACCUUCAACAAGGAGUGCUUCGCCUUCCUGAUCAGCACUCUGGAACUGAUCCGGCGGGGCAUCUGGGCAACGCUCCGAAUUGAGCACGAGCACCAGAGCAAUGCGGGGCGCUUCCGCUCGGUGUGCUGGGUACCUCCGUUGGAUCAUCGGCGGCCAGUGCAGAGGAAAUUGAAGCCUGUGCUCGUGGCUCUGCAUGAUACAGCUUUGCUACCGCAGAGGUACGCCAGUGCGCCGCAGUUAGACUAUGUCACUGGAGAAGCGCACUGGUGCAGGGAAAGAGCCUCCACUGGCCUCAAUACGUUCGAUUGGCCAAACUGCGCGGAUGGAAUCCUGAAACACCCAUCAAGCAGGAGCGUUGCGCUUCGCUGCCGCAACUGGGAUGUUUGA